CACAAAUUUGUCAGCGGACACGAGGCGCAUCUCGUGCGAAAUACCUUCCUAUGCUCAGUAUGGCAUAACCUAGUUUGGUAGACGUUACUUCGUUACUUGUCAUUGGUUUUCCACGUAUUUAUUCUAAUUUGUUCGAUACGGAAGUCAUAAUGAGCAGUAGAACAAGACAUAUCAUGUCCCUUGUGGAAAAGAAUAAGAAUGAAAACUCUGAUAGUGAUUUUGACAUGGAAGGUUCUUUCUAGAUACGUACCAUGACUCUGAUGAUUCUCGAGAUCAAAAUUAUUCACCAAAUGGGAGUGACACUGAAAGCAGUUAGGGGGGUCCAGGUUACAUGGAGUUUUCAACUUUUCAAAAUCAAAAUGAAAUGCAGGACUUUGUACCCAGUCCUGUUUCCAGAAAGUCUAUUCAAGAAAUUAAUUACGAUGAUGGACCUCCUUCGAUUCAUCAAAAUAAUUUUGAAUACAUCCCCGGCAACUGUAUCAACGAGGCUAUAAUAAGUUUGCUUGGAGAAGGAGAACCCCAUGAAUUCUAUAAUCUCUUGAUAAAUGAUGAGAUUUUUGAAAUGAUUGUUGAACAAACAAAUUUAUUUGCUUCUCAGCGCUUGAUGUCAGAAGAUUCAGAUUUCGGAAAAUCAUCUAAAUUUCACUCAUGGACUCCAACCACUGUAUCCGAAAUAAAAAAAUUUUUUGGUAUUACUGCUUAUAUGGGUUUGGUAGAAAUGCCCACUUUGGAGAGAUAUUGGAGUACUAAUUCCAAAUACAAAAACCAGAUUUGUGGAAAAUUCAUGCCAAGAAAUCGCUUCGAGCUAAUAUUAACUAUGCUUCACUUUUCGGAUAAUCAGUCUAAUGAUUCAAAUAGUCGACUGCAUUAAGUGCAAUCUUUAGUGGACAAAUUCGUAUGCAACAGUCAAAUGUUCUAUACACCAGCUAGAGUUUUCUGCAUAGAUGAAAGUUUAAUACCCUUCCGAGGCAGAUUAAUUUUUAAACAAUACAUUCCUAAUAAGGCCCAUACAUACGGCGUGAAAAUUUUCAAAUUAUGCGCAGGACCAGGUUGCACAUGGAACAUGAAAAUCUAUUCUGGAAAAGAAGCUGACCAAAAUAACUCAAUCCUUACCAAGAUUGUCUUAGAACUUAGUGAAAAACUUUUAGAUACUGGACGCAUGGCUGUAACCGAUAAUUAUUACACAAGUAUAGAUCUUGCAAACCAACUACUUCAAAGAAGAACUCAUUUGAUGGGGACUUUAAGAGCAAACAGAAGGGGCAACCCAAAAGAAGUUGUUGGCGCAAAGCUAAAAAAAGGAGAAAUCAAAGCAAAGCAAGUAGAACAUGGAAUUUCUAUCCUAAAAUGGAAAGAUAAGAGGGAUGUGCUUAUGCUUUCCACUUAUCAUUUCAAUGAAACUUUGACAAUACAAAUAAGAGGCAAAGAAAUAGUAAAGCCCUUAAUGGUAGUUGACUAUAACAAAGGCAAAUCUUCAGUUGAUCUCUCAGAUCAAUUUGCAAGCUAUGGAUCUUGCGUACGAAAAACCGUUAAAUGGUACCACAAAAUUGCCAUUAAAAUUAUACUGGGCACUGCGAUUGUCAAUUCUCAUUUGCUGUAUGAGGAAGUCACAGGAAAUAAAAUAAGUUUGUUAGAUUUUCGUGAAGCGAUAAUUGAUAAGCUCCUAGAUAGACCAUUGACUGAUCCCGAUGUUAAAAAAAAAACACAUGCAUUUGAGAAACAUCCAGGAAACUCAAGAGUCGGAAGAAGGUACUGUAGGGGUUGCUAUAAGAAGAAAUUAAAAAAUGAAAUACCGAAAAACAAAGUAAAAAAGUUACCACUUUUUGUAAAACUUGUCCAGAUCAACCUCGAUACUGUUUGGAAUGUUUUAAUAAGGGCCAUAAUAAAUAGGAACUUUCUGCCAUUUUUUUUGUAGACAUAAAAAUAUGUUGAAAUGUUUGUUAUGUAAUGUAUUCAUAUAACACUCUAUAAGGAAGAAUUUUUUGAACAUCUUUUGUACGAAAAAAAUGUUAAAAAUGUUUGUUUCAACACAAUAGUAAAGUUUUAGUAACCC